AUGUCCGAUAACAGGUGUGGCGACGCUCUGCAUCUGUCUGACCUCCAGCUGUUGAACUACGAUGCCGUGGUGACACAGGAAGUUCUGCAGCCUUUGUCCUGCCUCCGCAGCCUGUCAGUCUUCCACCUGUACUCUGUACCUGGACCCACCUGUCACCUGCAAACAUGGCUGAUGUCACUGCCACAGCUCCGCAGCCUCAGCGUGCACGGAGGCCAUCCUCUGGCGGUGUAUGUUGACUUCCUGCCAUCCUCUCUGCUCAGUCUGACUCUCUGUGUGGACCUCCAGCCUGAAGACCUGCAGGUGGUCUCCCAGAGAGCUCCGCACCUGGAGCACCUGCACCUGGAGCCCUGGAGCUCCUCCACCCACCUCAUCAGGCUCCUCCCACAUUUGUUCCCCAACCUCAGGACGCUCCGCAUCAGACACCAACACCUGUUGGACGGAGACUUCUUGAGUCUGCAGCAUCUUCAGCGACUCGACACUCUGGAGAUCCUGGACUCGUACUACAGACCAGACCCGAGUGACCCGAGCUGGGUCAUCUACGAGCCGAGUCCCCGUCUGCUGCAGCUGAUCUCUGACCUACAGAGACUAACCAAUCACAGAGUUCGAGUCAUCACCAGCUCACACAGAGACGUGUUGUCCUGCAGUUGUGUCUGACCAAUCAGAGACAGUCUGACACCUGCUGUGAGGGCGGGUCCUUGGCAUAGGUGAUAAAGGCCGUCGCCUAGAGCGCCUCUCACUGGAGGAGCCGCUGCUCAUGCUGAAAAAAACAAAAAACAAGACGAUACUAAUAUCCUGCCCCCGUUAACGGCCUUUGCUCCUGUUCUGUGUUGAAAAUGACAAACGAACACAUAAAGAACGAAAUAAUCACAAA